CGACACUUGAAACGUCUCGGUCUGAAUCGUAUUGACUGGGAUGGACUUGUAGGAAUGUACAGGAUUUCUUAGAUAACAUGGAGAUAUCGGCUGAGAAGGAGUAAAACAUUUGCUUCCGAUGUUUGAUAAAUGCAAGUGUGACAAAAGGACUUAUAAAAGGCAAAUAACGGUAUAUACUUCAAAAUGGUGCAGUUAUUUUACUACGAGACAAGAGGGAAAUGUUGCAAAAAGUUUUUGAACCACGAAGGGGUUCCGACAAAGAUUCAUUUGUUCCCAUAUGAAGGAUGGGCUCAACCAGCGAUGACGUCAUAUUGGCUGCUGAAAACCUAUUGGUGGAGUAGGUCACGUAUAAAAAUUACAGAAGUCACUGGCUCGCAAACGCAUGAAGUUAAGGGCAAAGUUCAGUGCAUCAAAAACGGUUCUAUCGUUAUUUCCGGUAAAAUAAAAGACAAAACAAACAGCGACUACAGAAUGUAUCUCACAUCGAAUGUUGAUAGUGAUGAUUUCCAACUUGGCUAUUGUGUGACAGGAACGCUUGAAAGGGGACGUAAGAAGUCAGAAAAGGGACUAAGUCUGACACAUUAUGCCAUGAUUAAACGAAGAGGGUACUAAUUUUGUAACCCAAUGGUGUAUGACUUUGUCAGAAUAUUUGCUUGAAUGUUUUAAAUAGGCAUGAUUGUUAAAAUUUAAUGGUAAAUGCCAUAUAUGUUACAAUCGAA